AUGAGUUCCCUCCCCAAACAUUCAGCCCUGCUGAACAUGCCCAUCGAUCUCAUCCGUGAGAUCACCACCCACCUGUCCCCCGCGGACAACAUCAUCCUCGCCACAACCUGCCGAGCAGUUCGCAACUGUGCAGGUCAAGGCCAAUUCCCGCCCGCCGACACCGAGGAGAACCGAGAGGAGCGGUUCGAAUACCUCGCCGGCAUGAGUCGAGACAUGCCCGACCACUGGGUCUGCGAGGAGUGCAUGCGAUACCAUCGCAUCGACACCGCCGACACGCCAGCUGACAGCCGCCCGAAUUGCCCCCUGGCAGACUUGUACGGGCGAUACAACCAGCCAUUGCAGCUGGCCCCCGCCGACGAGUACGAGCUGGGUAGACGCCACGUCCAGCUGGCGCUCAAGUACACCCGGAUGGGCGACUCCCUCACGCCCAGCCACCGCCAGUACCUCGGGCGUCUCACCGCGGCCCGGCAGUUUUCGCUCUCCUACCCCUGGGAGAAGAAGGUGACCGUCGCCGCCAAGGUCGCCCCGCGGAUCGUCGACGGCCGGUUCCUGCUGCGGACCAUCUGCGAGUACCGCCAUCCCUCGCGGCAGAUCACCAGGGACCUCAUCGCCAGCGAGUCCAUCUGCCGGCACCAGCAGUUCUUCCCCCUGGAGGACGGGGCCUGGACCAACAGCUCCCUCCACCAGGACCUGCGCCAGUUCCCCCGCGCGGUGGACAACUCCUUCGAGUCGCCGGGAAAGGAGGUGCACGGCCACUGCCCUCACUGCUACACGGACUUUUCCGUGACCACCACGGCGAGGAGCGUCCGGAUUUCGGUCUGGAUGGACCUGGGCACCGAGAGCUCGCCCCUCGAUCCCGUCUGGCGCUCGUUUGUACACAACGUCGAAUUCCCUCCCAUCGAGGAGGUCGAGUACAUUGAGCCUGGUCGAGUCCGCGAGCUAUACAGCAGCGGCGAGAAGGAGGAGGAGUAG